AUGAAGCUCUCCCUCGCCCUCGUCUCCCUAGCAGCUGCGACCCAGCUCACCCGCCGCCGCCUCAUCGACGCCGAAAGUACCGUUCGGUCUGGGUGCACGUCGGUGUGCCAGACAUACUUUACCAUCGACGAAGGUUGUGCCGCAGCCAACAAUGACUGGACGACCGCCACAAGCCCGUGCCGCCGGCUGUGUACCACCUCCGACUACAACUCCGCCAUCAACUGCAUCAACUGCCAGUGGGCGUGGUUCACGACCCUCCACCCCAACCUCUUCAUUCCGAUGAUGGCCGACGUCCGCGCCGAGUGCGAGCGUCUCGGCACGCCGGUCACUGGGGCUGCGGAGCUCCACCAGCCUGCCGACGGUGCCACACCCGUCCGGGGACCUGAUGGCCCGCCCAAGGACGAGACCACGCCCUCGCCCACCCCCAAUGAGCCGACACCCAAGCCUGAGGACCCCACCCCGGGUACUCCUGGUACGCCUGGCACCCCCACGCCGGCCGACCCGACCCCCGGCACCCCGGGCACCCCGGGCACCCCAAGCGACCCAACCCCAGGCACGCCUGGUAGCAGCACACCUAGCGACCCGCCGACCAACAACCCGGGAGGCAACACCAACAAUAACAACGGCGGCACCAACAACAACGGGGGCACCAACAAUGGAGGUACGAGCAACGGAGGCACGGGUAACGGAAGUGGCGCUCGUCUCGAGGAGUGCAUCGGCCUCGGGAGCCAGUGCCAGCGCGUCUGCCCGCCCAUCGUCAGCUUCACUCAGCAAGAGCUGCUCGAAGAACAAGUCACCAAGCCGUGA